CGCAUGUCACAGCAAACGUAAACUUCCUUUUGUGCAACCGAGUGCAGGGAAACUUGUCAGAUGCUGACGACAAUUAUUUUUCAGAGGUGACAUUAAUAGAAAAAGGAUGUUAAGUAGAAGCAGUAUAGAUGAGGCAAACAGGCAUCUGUAUGCUAUGCAUCAGCAAAUCCAGUCGUUAGAAGGAAUGGUUCAGCAACAGAAUCAGGAAUUACUGGACCGUGACCAACAGCUCGUGCAACUAGAAGAGAACAAAAAUCGGGAAAUACAGACCUUAAAGAACCGAAUACAGCAACUAGAGGAGGCGGCAAAGGUUCGUGAGACGUCAAUUCAGGAACUUCAAGGAAGUGUCAGUCACCUUCAGUCUGUUUUACAAUUCUUACCGUGUGUCAGGGGACUCCUAAAGGAAAUGGAACACUCAGCAACAAACACACCUCAGGAAAAUUCACUCACUAAUCACACAGACAGUCAUACCGACGAAAGAACAGCGAAUCACAGCAAUAGCGUGUCUCCUGGAAAUGUCUCCUCAAAGAGAGAAAAGGAGUAUUACUUUUGAUAAAUGGCAGAUUUCAUAGAGCACGUACAGUUUACAUACAAUGAUUACUUACUUCUAGUUGUAGUUAAGUGAGUAAAAUUUAUUGGCAAUAUUUUAAUCCAUUCAGUGUUGUAUACAAUACAAGUAUUAUUCCAUAUAUUUUAUACCUUCCAUCCUAGUACAUAGUGAACCAUUUUCCAGUCAUGGAAAUGUCAUAUAAAAUUUUUGGCAAUGUUUUUUUUAUCCAUAAAUUUUAUUGAAGAAAAGUCAAAUUUAAUAUUAUACACAUAAUACAUUAUUAUGACUUAGUUUUUAAGUCAUUGACAUUUAAUAUGAAACUGCUGAUAUUUUUUUUUUUUUUUUUUGUCAACCAGUCAUUUUUCAGAAAGGAAUCUUAUAAGUAUCUUGUUAGUGGAUUAACAACAUGUAUUACCUUUUAAUGUGUGUUUUUAUUUAAUAUUAAAUGGAUGUUAUGAUACUGGGUAUUUAUCUGUUUGUUACAGUGUAUCCUGACUAUAUUCAGAAGUCUUUACAAAUAAUUAUAUUUAUACAUGUACUGUAUACAGGGAAAUUUUCACCCCCAUUUUUAUUUUCGCCUAAACUCAUUUGGGUGAAUUUAAAUAAUACUGCAUAAUUUCUUAAACAGAACUAUGACAGGGCGAAUUUAAAACGGGACAAAAUUGUUUGCCAGUGUGAAAUGUCAAAAAUAACACAAAGCGAAAAUAACCCUGUAUACAGUAUUUAGAUGUGUUUAGAAUCUCAAAUGGAGACAUUUCUCACUCUUGUUGUAUUGCUGUACAUAUGUCACACUCUUGGCACAAUGCUCCUUUAUCUGUGAUGGUUACUUGAACAUUCCAUUGUAAAAUUACAAUAUCUCACAUAUUAUACAAUGUAGACAUUUUGUAUAACCGAGUAUUUAAGUUGGGUGAUCAAAAAGUUUGCAAUGUAAUUGAAUAACUUCAUUGAUCAAUUAAGUUUAAGUGUUCCUUCAUUAUUAACUUAAUGUUGGAUCUCCUUCAGCCACUGUUCAUCCUGAGCACACAAAAUUUGUGGUCCAGGCAGUCAUGUGAAAUGCCUUUUAGCAUACUGUUCACAGCAGCUAAAAUAUUUAUCUGAUUUUUUUAUUUAUUGCAUGUAGGUUAUUUUAUUUUUAAGAAGAACAGUCCAUUAGUCACAAUGUCAAAUCUCAGCAAUACUGUGGGUGGAAUGGUAUAACUUUUUACAAACAUAUAAGCAUAAUGCCCAUCACAACCCAAUGCCUCUGUCUUGGAUAUUCUUCUCUCUCUUGGGUGCAUCAUGUAUCCAAAAUGUCUGUGCUUUCUCUAUUUGUCAUUUUCAAAUAGCAACAUCGUAAAUAUGGAGCAAGAUAUUUAGAUAACACACGAAAUACUGUAAAAUCACAUAUUUUCAUGAGGUCAGAUUUUCGUGGUUCGAGCAAAAAGUAUAGGUUCAUGAGGACUUGAAUUCGUGGAUGAAGAAUUAUUGAGUAGUUAUGUAAUAUUUUACAUUUCGAGUUGGACAUGAAUUUGUGGGUCUCGAUCUUCAUACCUUGAAAACAACGAAAAUUAACCCCCCAUGAUAUUUUGUGAUUUCACAGCAGAUCAUGUCUAUGACCACAUGUACAUGUAAAUGCCUAACUUCAUUUUGAUCUGAAUUGUGGUCAAUUAUAUAUAUACAGCAAUAGUUUGCAAAUUUUUUGAUCACUUAUUCUAUUUUAUAUAAUGUUUAGGUGAAAUAUUUAUUAAUUUAUGUUUUGGUUAGGUAAAACAUUUAAUUUAUAAAAGUUUUAUAUUUGUUCAUUUUGUUUCAUUUAGUCAUGAGCAUCAUGUGUAGCUUAUAUUUCUUUGGCUUUAUUUUCUGGAAUGUUGCAGAAGAAUUAUGCAAGAAAUAACCAUUUUUUACAAUUAUCAUAUUUCCUUAAAAUUAUGUUUUGUUUUUUUUUUCAAGUUUAUCAUUGGAAGGAAAUAUGAAUAUAAUAUUUUAAUCUU